ACGUGCUACUUGCGUGUGCUUUGAUGAAAACUGAUUUUUUAUUUUAAACUAUUGUUAUCUAGCAAUUUCUUUGAGAAACAUAGUGUUUUGUGACCACAAAUGAUGGCUGGAAAGCUGAACAAAUUUGAAACGCCCAGCUCGGCUAGCUCUGAUAGCGACACGGAACUGGCGCUGGAGUUGAGCGAGCAAGUGUUCCUGGACGAUGACGAGUAUGCGAGCAGGGCGCCGGCCUCGCCCACCACCGUGCCCAAUGUGCGGCCUUAUAGACCCCCCUCCACAGGCUCGAACAUCCUAAAGUCGCCUCGAGCGCGGCGCGUGCGCACCACGUCAAUGUCGCAGCCCAACAAGCGCACCACAGCGGAGAGCAUUCUUCACGCCGACCGCCGUACCAUCUACACCGCCGGCCGCCCGCCCUGGUAUAACUGCACCGGCGGGCAGGAGGUCGAGCCCUUCCUCAUCGGUAUUUGCGGCGCGAGCGCGUCGGGCAAGACCACGGUCGCUGCCAAGAUCAUAGAAUCUCUCAACAUACCCUGGGUCACUAUCGUCAGUAUGGACUCUUUUUAUAAGGUCCUCAACGAGAAGCAGCAUCAGCAAGCGACCCGCAAUGAAUACAACUUCGACCACCCGGACGCGUUCGACAUGGAACUCCUUAUCAGUGUGCUACAGAGACUUCGAGAAGGGAAGAAAGUGGAGGUGCCCAUCUAUAACUACGUCACACACUCCAGGGAGAACCGCACGAAAACCAUGUAUGGCGCGAACGUGAUCAUCUUCGAGGGUAUUUUAGCAUUCUAUAACGCUGAAGUCAACAGCAUGCUGGAUAUGAAGGUGUUUGUCGACACCGACGCAGAUAUUCGCCUCGCAAGGAGAUUGAGGAGAGACAUAGUGCAGCGCGGGCGCGAAUUGGAAGGCGUGUUGAAGCAGUACAUGACGUAUGUCAAGCCUGCCUACCAGAGUUACAUCGCUCCUUGUAUGGCGCACGCGGACAUUAUAGUACCAAGAGGAGGAGAGAACAAAGUCGCCAUACAACUCAUCGUGCAACACGUGCACAAGCAGUUACAGCUGCGCGGAUUCAAAGUGAGGGAGAAGCUUGCCAUCGCCCACAUUGGCCAACCCGUGCCAGACUCACUCUUCGUCUUGAAAGAUACGCCCCAAGUGCAAGGUCUUCACACGUUCAUCAGAAACAAGGACACGCCUCGCGACGAGUUCAUCUUCUACUCCAAACGGCUCAUGCGCCUCGUCAUAGAGUUUGCGCUGUCCCUGCUGCCUUAUUCCGACCACAGUGUGGACACACCGCAAGGCUUCAGUUAUAGCGGCCGCAAAUGCGACGUGGAGAAAAUCUGCGGCGUGUCGAUCCUGCGUGCCGGCGAGACUAUGGAGCAGGCCGUGUGCGACGUGUGCAAGGACAUCCGCAUCGGCAAGAUCCUCAUACAGACCAACCAGCAGACUGACGAGCCGGAGCUAUACUACCUCCGGCUGCCCAAAGACAUAAAGGACUACCGCGUGAUCCUCAUGGACGCCACCGUGGCCACCGGCGCCGCCGCCAUCAUGGCCAUCCGCGUGCUGCUCGACCACGACGUGCCCGAGGACCACAUCUCCCUCGUGUCGCUGCUUAUGGCAGAGAUCGGUGUGCACUCCAUCGCCUACGCCUUCCCCAAGGUAAAAAUCGUAACAUCAGCUCUAGACCCGGAGAUCAACGAGAAGUUCUACGUGUUACCCGGUAUAGGCAACUUCGGCGACCGCUACUUCGGCACCGAGCCCGCCGACGAUGAGUAGCAAACCAACCAGGUACGUUGUGACGCGGAACUAUAGGCGCACGAUGAGGAAGGCAAAAACA